GAGCAUUUGUUGCAUAUCGCGCUUUAGGUUAUUUUUCGUAUUUGUUAUUUAUAUUUUUCAAACUUUAAGAAUGUAAAUAGUACACGGUAAUCGUUAAGUUUCUCCGAUGUUAGCCGGUCUUGCGAUUAUAUUUAAUCUCAAAUAUUCAAAGGGAAACGAUCGUAUCUCCGUAAUUCAUUGAGGGAUUAAAAUUAAGAUGUUGCAUUCCACGGGAACGUUAUCGCCUGAAGAUAUCCUGGCAGAAGUUAGAAAAUUUAUCUCGGGGGCAGUUCGACCAACUCAUAGCACGAACACGCUCGACGUAACGCGGACAGCCCUCUCUUUACUUCGACAUGUGCCUGCUGCAAGAGACGCGGUGCUCGAAUAUUUCUGCAGCGUGUUUUUUAUUGCUGUUACCAAAUAUGUUCGCCAGCUUGAGACAAAUCAGAACUUUGCGAUAUGUGAAGAGACUAUAAUAGCAGAGAUUCACACUGUUUUAAGUAGCUUCAUUAAUGGAAAUCCAGAAGCGUGGGCGCCAAUUAUUUCAGCAUGGUCACUGGAACUGUUAGGCAAACUUUCUUCGGAAUAUGCAAAACGUGGAAACUUACCUACGAAUGCUGGAAUUAACGAUUUCCUUCAACAAUGGAUGUCUUGUUGUGCCACUCGUACUUUGAUCGAUAUCACAGCUCAAUGUCUCCAAUGUCUUAUGCAUUCAGACACAGAGUCUUGCAUCAAAGCAUUGUUGGAUACUAGCGUGUUGCACAGUCCUCAUUUUGAUUGGGUAGUAGCUCAUGUUGGAAGCUGUUUUCCAAAUACAGUUAUUACCAGAGUAUUGUCAUGCGGUCUGAAGGAUUUUUGUGCAAUGGGAAAUGAACAUAACAUUAAAAAUCCUAAAUUGAAUUCUGUGGUUGGAAUUCUAGGGCAUUUGGCUGGUAGUCACUUUCAAGAUAUUACAGCGGCAUUAUUAGACUUAUUCAAAUGGAGUUUACAGGAAGAUGCAAAUAUAGAUGAGGAUACAAAGAACCAGAAAUUGGCUACUGUUCCAUUUCUUUUAAAUUUGGCCUCUCUUUCGCAAACUCUUUUAAAAGCGAUAACUACCGAUGUAUUACAAACAUUAAAGCCAGAUAUUAUCCCACAAUUAGCUUUAUUUGCAUCAGACUGGUGUAGAUACUUUGACAACCAACCAGAAGCUCUAGUAGAUCUAACUGUUCACUUGAUACUAGGAUGUGAACAAGGAGGGUCUCAGUUAAUAAAUAUUUUACUGGAUACAAGUUUAAGUACAAGUAAUGUGGGAUAUCAUAGCGUUAAUGCUGCACAAAGUGUGAAAAGCAUAUGUUCUGAGAUAUUAGAGUUAGUAUUACAAGAGAUAGAUCUACUUUUGAGAACACAUGGACCACAAUCUGCAAAUAUUGCUUUAUUAAAUUCAAUUAAACAGGAAUUUGUAGUAAUAUUACCGUUACUUUUAAGUCAAACUCCGCUGCGAGUUCAGACAGCCACCAGACUGCUAUGCUUCCUUGGAAGUCAAAGCCCCAAUAUAUUAAUAUCUGCAGCGUCAUAUAUGUUAGUCAAAGCUGUAACUACAUUUCAUCUUGCUGCUUUGAUACGACUUGUUUCGAAUAAUAUUAUAUUAUUUCCCUCCAAUAAGUUUGAAACUGAAAAUAUAUUAAUUAGCCACAGUUACUUUACACAAAUAGUAGAACAAUCUCUUAGAGAUAUAAAUUACAAAAGUGUUAUAGGGAAACAAGAACCGGGACAAUUCUUCCAAAAUCUUACAAUAUUGCUCAAGUGGGAAAGGUCUAACAAGGCAAUAGCGCUUCGGUCAAAAAUGAUAACUCAAGCCAUAAAAUUUAAUUUGCCCCAAAUUUCCGCUCUAUUAACAAAGACAUCUGAUUUCGAUUUAGCUAAUGACAUCGCUAAAAUGUUAGAUUUGUUUAGUAUGCCUGAAAAAGAUAAUUUUAGCCCAAAUGUAGAACUUACUUUAAAAUUAACAAGAGCUGUAAUUCAGUAUUUCUUUUUAUGUAUAGUGGAAGAUAAUAUCACGAAAAAACAGCAAGGUGUGAAAAUUGUUUGCCAUUUAUUAAAAGAUUUAACUUUUUAUUCGCCAUGUGCUCGAGUUUUAGCUUUAAGAGAAAUUUUGGGACACAGUAUCAAUAAUGAUCCUGCUAAAUAUUUCGGUGCAAAAGAAAAAUUUGAGCCAAAGUUUGAGGAAACAUUACUUUUACAUCAAAAUCAUAAACAGGUUACAAGCACAAUGUUAGCUCAGAAACAUUCUUCUGUAUUUCAUGCUGGAGUAAUUGGACAUGGUCCUCGGAGACCACCACCAGAGAAUAACAUUGACAAAGAAAUUAUUGCUCUCAAUAAAAUAUUACUGAUUGAUGUGAUAAAGGCAUGUUGUAGUAAUCGUGAAUCGGAACGAUAUCCUGUUAAUUUAGAUGCAUUAACAAUGGUCAGUUUAUUGUUGGUUGAACUAGUCUCACCUGAUGUUAUGUAUAAUGGAUUACCAUGGCCCGAUGAAGAAUUUACAAAGGUUACUAUAGAAAGAGAUUUACAAAUCCAUCGAACAUUUAAGGAUGUUCCAUUAUUGUGGACAUUGUUAGAGCUGACAGCUUGGUACAGACCAGCUUUAGCUUAUUGCUCGGUUUUAUUAAGAGGUAUUGCUGCUACAGUUAUGGCCAACUGGAAUAUAGACGAAGGUGGUUUACUCGUGAGUGUUAUGGCACUUGGUCAGUUGUUACCACCUCCAUUAGCAAGCAUAAGGGAUGUUUUGCCAGUUUUAGAACCGCAUCAGAUAAAUACUAUAAUGAAAGAAUGUGUAUGGGCCUAUAUGCGCGAAAAUGUUCCAUCACCCGCUCUUUUCACGCGUAGCGAAGGCGCUAACAUCGCUUGGCGAGAUACGGAUACUUCUACUCCAAAUUCACGGUUUACAGAAACGCUUCGUUUACUUUUGUUAUCCAAUAUUCACACAUUGGGUCCGCUUUAUGCUGCCCUUUUUUUUCAAUAAAAAUGAACAGUUGAAUUUUUUAACGUAUAUACAUACAUUUCUACGAAUAAAAUAAACCUAUAAUAAAUUAAUGUUGAUAUUAAGAAGAUACUUAAAAUAAGUAUUAAUACCUUCUUUAAAUUUACGUUUUCGUAAAAAAUAUUUUUAAAUUGUUUUAUUAAAUUAUAUUAGUGGAGCAACUUCUCAAUUAAUAUUUCAUUAAUAUAUUUCACAUUUAUUUAAAAAAUGAUAUCGUGAAUCAAUGUCUAAACAUUGGGUUUUUCACUUACUAUUCUCGAAGUAACAAUAAAUACAUUUUCAGUCAUAUUUUAAUAACAACUCUACGUAUAAAAUAAUAGGUACCAUUUGUAUUAUAUAAAACAGAAAUUAUUAAUAUCUGAAACUAAACAAUAUAUAAUAUAAUAAGAUAUAUAAAUACAAUGCAAAUAUAACUUAUAAAUAAGUUUCUUUCAAUUUCUAAUUAUAUCAAACAAAUAUUACUUUCAUUUAUAGUUAAAAAACAUAGUUCGCUACUCUCAAACGUUGAUUAAAAAAAAAAAAAAUUAAUGCAGGUCGGACCAAAAAAGAAAACAAGAUAAAUAAUAAAUUUUAAUUUUUAUAAAAACAUAUUCACUUAAAUACAAGAAAAGAAUAUUACUUUGUAUCGUUAUUGACACAGGAAUGAUGAUAUCUAUGAUGAGCGAACACUGUACGAAUUGGUUGUACGAAUACCCUAGGUGGGUGUCUCGUCCUGACAAAAUGAUUUAUAUAUUAUGCAAUGCUUCGAUCCAUAUAAACGUCACGAUCAUAAUCGUGCGCUUUUUCAGAGAGUCUUUACAUGACUCCGUAUUAUUCGGAGCAUAAAACACUAGUAAAAAAUGCUGAAAAUAUUUAAUUUUUUUUUUCUUCUAUAUACACCGCUCGUUGUCUGAAAGAUAUAGCAUCUUGCGUGUAAAUCCAGAGCAUUCAAAGUACACGAAAUGCUUGUAUUUACAUUCGAGCAUUUCACAUAUUACACGUCCGAGUGCGAACUUCUACGCUUUGUCAACGUAUCGUUCAAAAUUCCAUUUGGUACUGAUUGACACAGUGUAGAAUCACUGUUAAAUAUUUCGUAUAUAAAAAGAGGUAUCAUUUUUCACGAUGUACAAAUUAAAAAUAUCAAUUGCAAAUCGCGAAACUGAUAUAUUUCUGUUGCGAAUGAAAUUGAGAAUUAAACAUUUUAAAAAAGAAAAAAGAAUUUUUAAAGGAAAAAAGCUAUCAUGUAAUAUAUAUGUAUUUAUACAUGUGAUCCUCUUAAUGGCAAACAAGGAAUAAAAAUUGUGAUUUGAUUCGUAUUGAAGACCUUCCAUUACUCCAUUGAGUAAUCAACACUAUUCAACGUCGAGUGGAUUUAUUUCACAAUAAAUUAUUAUUCAGUCCUUCAGAAUUAAAAAAGUUCACUUUUAAAGUCUAUGUAAAUUGAGUUUAGAAAAGUAGCGUACUCAUUCCACCCAUUUCACUUUGUUCUUUAACGAAGAUCUCGAAGUACUGGUAUAUGAUUGUGACAGCGAGUAAAAUACCAGUACCUGAACCGAUUGCACCAAGGAAAUCGGCCAGUACAGAUAAAGCACCGAUACACAAUCCUCCAAAUGCUGCCGCGGUUGGAAUAUAUCUAUUUAACUCGUGAAUCAUAGAAUUGUCUCUGUGGCCUCUCAUUACCAUUUGUUGCUCCUUCAACUGUUUUGCGACGGCUUUUGCUGAGCUACCAGAAACCUCGAUCCACGUUUUCGAAAAGAAAGCACAAGAACCAAGCAUGAAAAGAAUGUAAAGGAUAGCGUGGAUAGGAUCUUGAAGUAUAUGGCCUACAGAUUCUGGCGGUGACAAAUAGUAACACAAUCCUCCAACAGGAUAAGAUCGUGCUGGGCCACCACCGCCAAUAUCGGACCACACUCCCAACAAAUUCACAAUAAUGUUUCCUUGAAACUUGACGGCCAACAUUUGUGAAAUAACAUAUAAAUUCGACACCAACGCAGAUUGAAGAAUGAUGGGAAUGUUGCUCGUGUAGAACAGUUUAAUAGGAUAGCUACUGUACUGCCCUCUGUACCUGGCAGAUUUGAUUGGUAAGUCAACACGGAAACCCUGGAAGUAAAUCACAAUAGCAAACACUAGGAUAGUUGCAAGUAAAUUCAUAAGAUUAGGAAGGUUUUGUCUGUAGAACGCUUCGCGAAGAGCUCGAACUUUGUCCUGUCUCGUAGCGAGCAGAUGAAACAAUGCGAUUACUGCACCUUCGAAUUCUGUGCCGCGUCCUGUAUUAACUGUAGCUGGAGAAAAUGCUUUCCAUACGAUUGUUUCACAAAUGUUUGUAGCAAUGAAGAGAGAGAUUCCACUUCCUAAUCCGUAUCCUUUUUGAAGCAAUUCAUCUAACAAUAAUACUAUCAAUCCAGCAACGAACAACUGAAUAAUAAUUAAUAAACAAACACCAGCUCCAAUUUCCGUCGGAUCGCCGUACAUUCCAGUCAUUACAUAUACAAUGGCUUGACCAACAGUGAUAACCAUUCCAAAUACUUUCUGAGCACCAUUGAAAAGAGCUCUAUCCUUUGGAGUAUCGCCAACUUCAAUUAUUUUUGUACCACUCAACAGUUGCAUGAUCAAACCAGAUGUGACAAUGGGAGAAAUUCCCAGUUCCAUAAGAGUCCCUCUAUUUGAUGCAAGAAUUACUCGAAUCCAAUAGAAAGGAUCUGCACUGUCUGAAGACAUAAUUCCAAACAGGGGAAUCUCCCAUCUUGAAUCCGAGGUGUAACUAUUCUAAAGGGUCACGGUGCUAUGACGUCGUUUCACUUACUCUCGAGUCAACAAUGCCGCGAAGACAGUAGAUUAAAACGAGAACCCGAGGAAAACUCGGCUGCGUGUGCCCGAUUGGCAAGCCGUAGCGAGUCGUGCGUGGCUCUCCUCGUCGACACGUAUCAAUAUACUACUGUCACGUGACCUGAUGAUGUUGGCCGGCACGAGCGAGAAAUUCCUGAAAGCAUUACUAGAUGGCGCUACAGUCACAUCAAAUAUGGCGUCACUAUUCUACUUUACCGACUAGAUAGCAGCGACACCGGCAAAAAAAAAAAAUGAGGAAAAAUCAAAUGGCAGCAAAAAUCAAAGGAGAAAAGAAAAUAAAAUUAAGAAAAUAAAAUGCUUUUAAAAAUUUCUUCGAUAUACCAGCGGGUUUAGAGAAAGGAGAAGUACUAUAUAAGCAGCAGGUGAGGUACCAUUUGGCAUUACUUGUUAUUUUCUCUUGGUUGUUAACAUUGUCUCGUAUACAAUGAAAAAUAUUGUUUGUAAAGUUUUACUUCUGGCAUUGUACCUUGGUUUCUUCGUUCACAAUGGAGAAACUUAUAUAUUGCCAGAAAGUAAUAAUGGACUAACUAUUGAACCAGUAAUAGGCAAAUUUGUUCAUGGUGAAAGCCCUCUAUGGCAUAUUUGGUCACAAGCACUUUCUUUUGUUGAUACAAUAGCACAAAAAGUAUGUAUGUAUUAUACUAUAAAAGAAGAACUUGUCUGCGCAGUUGUAGAAAAUGGACCAGUCGGGUUUGCUAUUCCUGUUAAGGAUCAAUCUGGCAAGUUUGUAGUUGGUAGUGGUACAGAUUUCGUUCUACUUCAGAUGCCUAACUCUGCGGGUACCACAAAAAUAAAUUCUCAAACGCUUAUUAAUGUUAAUGUAAUAAGCAAUGGCACUAGAUGGAAUGAUGGAAAAGCAGAUUCUUCAGGAAGAUUCUGGGGUGGAACAAUAGGAAUGGAAUCAAAUGACCAUGUUGCUCCUCACAAAGCAUUUUUCUAUCGUAUUGAUUCUGAUUUGACUGUAACGGCAGAAUUAUCAAAUGUUACUAAUAGUAAUGGACUAACUUGGAGUCUCCUGGAUGAUACAUUAUAUUAUAUCGAUUCUGCCACGCAUCAAAUAGCAGCAUUUGAUUUUGACUCCUACACUGGAUCAAUAUCUAACAAAAGAAUUGUAUUUGAUCUUGAACAAACUAGUUACUCUGGAAUACUUGAUGGUAUGACUGUAGAUGCAAGUGGAAAUCUUUGGGUAGCUUUAUACAAUGGAAGUGGUGUACUCAAUAUUGAUCCUCAAACUGGUGAAGUUCUACGCUUUGUGAAACUUCCUGUAUCAAAAGUAACUAGUUUGACAUUUGGAGGACCUUUGUUGGAUACGUUAUAUGUAACAACAAGCAGCCGUAAUUUAACUAAGCAACAACUUGAAGAACAACCACUUGCUGGUUAUGUUCUUUCUAUAAAAGGUUUAGGAAUAUAUGGUAUUCUUCCAAAUCCAUUCAAUCUAUAAAUAAUUUUUUUAUAAUGAAUGUCCUUACGCACUAUAAUUGUUGUGCACAGAUGAUAUAAAAGAAAAAAAAGCAAUAAAGAAAAUUAAAUAAAACUAUAUUUUUUUAUUUUUCAAACUUUUAAAAUACCUUUUCACUAUCAUUGGUAAACAACUCGACUAAUCAGUUAUAUCAUAUUGCGUCACAAUAUUUAAUCUUUAUAUCGUUGUUCAUCCCAUUUUUUGUAUUAAAUAUUAUUUUUUCAUCGUAUUAUUAUUUUUAAAUUUUAUUCAUUAUUUCAUGAUAACCUUAUCAUCUUUUCUAUCAUAAUAUGUAUGUAUUACAUAAGAUUAAUAAGCUGCUAUAUUAUCUAAGCGAUUAAUGUGUAUGUAUGAGAUUAAUAAGCAACUACUAAGUGAUUGUUGUGAUAUAUAAAGAGGAAUAAAAUAUCUGCUUAUUCGUUCAAAAUCAUUGAACGUAGCAGACUGUAAAACUCAACGUUUGACGAAUUUAGGUAAUCAUUUAAUAAAUCAAGUAUCAUUAAAUCAAAUACUGUCUAUAUAUUAUAUAAGUGAACUUUGAAUGCCUGAGCAAGUAUCUCAUAAAUAUUUGUAUCUUUUUUUUUUGUUGUAUUCUGUAUUUUUUUAAUACACUAUAUGCGUGUAAUUAUAUAAUACAUAAACGAAAUUAUAUGCAAUUAACUAUUAAAUUAAGAAAAUGUCAGAAGUAACUAUCGAACCACUCGCUGGACCAUAUGGUCUUGGUGAAGGCCCUCAUUGGGACUGUACUUCGCAAAAAUUAUAUUUCGUUGAUAUAUUUGCCCAGAAAAUAUUCAGAUUUGAUCCUGUAACAGGUGGUCUUACUUCAAUUUUUGUAGAAAAUGGACCAGUUGGAUUUGUUAUUCCUGUAGAAGGUAGCACUAACAAAUUUGUUGCUGCAUCUAGUAUAGAUGUAGUGGUUCUUUCUUGGAACAGUGAAGAAACUCUUGCAAGUUGUAAAGCUCAAAUAUUGGUUUCUGCAGACUCUAAUAGAACAGAGAUUAGAUUUAAUGAUGGAAAAGCAGAUUCUUCUGGAAGAAUAUGGGCUGGAACAAUGGGCCUUGAAAAGAAUGGAGUUUUUCCACCUAAUGUGGGAUCCCUUUAUUCUGUGGAUAAUGAUCUUGUAUUGAAAAGACAAGUAUCUCCUGUAUCCAUAAGUAAUGGAUUAGCCUGGAAUCCUGAUAAUAAUACACUUUAUUACAUUGAUUCACUCACCUAUCAGGUUUGGGCAUAUAAUUACAAUUCUAAGACAGGAACUAUAUCAAAUAAGAAGAUUGUGUUUGAUCUUCAAAAAAAUAAUAUUCCUGGAAUACCAGAUGGUAUGACAAUAGAUACAAAUGGAAAUCUUUGGGUUGCAGUGUAUAGUGGAGGCAGUGUUCUCAACAUAAAUCCGAAAACGGGCGAGUUGUUGCGCUUAGUUAAAUUUAAUGAUGCCCAGAACAUAACUAGUGUUGCCUUUGGUGGUCCUAAUUUGGAUAUUUUAUAUGUAACAUCAGCAAGCUUGGGAUUGAAUGAAAAUCAGUUGAAGGAGCAACCACAUGCUGGUUAUUUAUUUGCCAUCAAAGGUUUAGGUGUCCGUGGUUUUCCUCCAAAUAAUGUUAAACUACCAAAUAAAUUAACAUAGAUAUAUAUAUAUAUAAAGUAUAUAUAUAUAUAAAGUAUAUAUAUAUAUAUA